UGGCUAGGGGUGGGCUGGUGUCAUGUGGCUUUACAGUAUAGUGACAUAUGUCCCUCGUGACUUUCUUAAAUUCGCAAUCCGAUACAUUCAAAGCGGAAAGGCGUGGAAUAAUCUUUUGGAGAACAAGACUGCCUUCACUACAAAGAAAGAUUAUGGGAAAGAGGAGAGAGAAGCACAGUGGGCUGCAGCACAGAGGACCCUUCACGGCCUUCAGCCACCUGAAAUGAACAACCUUUUCUAUGAGAAGAACAGCUACAGGGAGCUUUCUGAGAUUGCAGAACAAGCCAAGCGGAGGGCUGAGGUUGCAAGGCUUCGGGAGUUGCAUACGCUGAAGGGUCAUGUUGAGUCAGUUGUGAAGCUGAAAGGACUUGACAUCGAUACAAUUCAACAACAUUAUACAGUUUGA